AUGGCGUCUACACAGAACGAGCCGAAAUCAUAUGACUACAUAGUAUGCGGAGGAGGGACAGCCGGCUGUGUGGUUGCCGGGCGUCUAGCCGAAGAUCCAAAUAUCACGGUUCUUCUCGUCGAAGCAGGCCAGCACAAUGAGAACCUGGAGAAUGUCCACAUGACUGGCGGGUGGCUGAACAAUCUGGACACGGAGGCCGAUUGGAAUAUCAUAACUCCUCCAAUGCCUGGUGUGAACAACAGACAAGUGAAACUCAGUAGGGGAAAAUUCCUGGGUGGCUGCAGUGGUGUCAACGGUACACUGUGUGUUCGCGGGUGUAAACAGGAUUAUGACGACUGGCAACUCGAAGGCUGGAGUGGGGAGGAAUUCUUUCAGUAUAUGUCGAAGGCGGAAACAUUUCACCCAAAACCUUGGUUCCAAGCAAGUGAAGGCAGUCAUGGAUCCUGUGGGCCUCUGCAUAUAGAGCCUCAUGAUCUCGCCCCGAUUUCACAACGCAUUAUGGACUCGUUUGUUUCUAAGGGCCUGCCCUAUGACGCGGAUAUGUUCACUACUGGUGAAACACCACAUGGAUGUGGGCAUGCGCCGAGGACGGUGUAUCGAGGCCUGAGAUCGACAUCUGCGGACUUUGUGACGAAGGAUUGUCAAAGAACAAACGUAACUAUCAAGACCGAUACUAUAGUCGAUAGAAUUCUCUUCGAACAAGACGACAAGGGUGCUCUCUGCGCGAAAGGCGUGGUAACGAUUGCUGCUGAUGGGACCCAGCAGAUUUUCCACGCGGAUAGAGAAGUAAUUGUCAGUGGGGGUGCUUACUGCAGUCCUGCAAUUCUUAUGAGAUCAGGAAUAGGGCCAAAGGAGGAGUUGGAGAAGCAUGGUAUUCGCUGCGAAGUUGAUUUACCUGGCGUAGGGAAGAAUCUCAUGGAUCAUCUUAUCGUCUUCAUGUUUUACGAAACAGAAAAAGAAGGCUUAACAAACGACCAUCUUAUCUACCAUGGGGACGCAAAGGAAAAGAGCUACGCCCUGUGGAAGAAUCAUAAGACGGGUUUCUUGUCGACUUUUCCCUUUGGAGCCUUUGCUUUCGCUCGACUCGACGAUCGCCUCGCAGAUGAGCCGCUCUGGACGCAGGCAAAACACGAGCCAGGCCGAGAUCCUAUGGGCCUGAUGCCAAGUCAACCGAACAUCGAAUUCUUCACGACGGAAUGUUAUGGUGGCCCAAAGCAGUAUUCGAAAUACCCUAUCGAUAAUAAACAUGCAUUUUCGAUUAUCGCAGAACUAUUUGGCCCUAGAUCCCGUGGCACGGUGACACUGAAAUCGAGCGAUCCAAGAGAAAACCCAGUCGUCCACUGCAAUUAUCUCGAUGACCCAUUAGAUUUGCUUGUUUUGGCCGAGGCAUGUCGAUUUGCGAACGAGAUUGUCAUGACUGGCACCGGAACAAAGGAUAUUGUGAAAGGGUCGUGGCCGCCUGAACUGACACACCAUACGUAUAAGACGAGGGAAGAGUGGGUGCCAUAUGUCAAAGAGCAUGCGACAACGUGUGAGUUUCUUCUGUUAUAUCUUCCAAAGAAUCUUUUGGUGUGUCCUUGGAACUGACACAAGAUCAUCAGGCUAUCAUGCAGCAGGAACGUGUGCCAUGGGCAAAUCUGAAAAUCCUAUGGCAGUCCUGGAUGAGAAACUUCGUGUCCGGGGCGUUUCCGGAUUGCGUGUCGCAGAUUGCAGUGUUAUGCCACUCCUUCAUGGGGGCCAUACACAGAUGCCAGCGUACGGGAUCGGAGAGAAAUGUGCAGACCUGGUUAAGGAAGGCAAUUAAGAAUAAUCGCCUUGCACGUAGAACCCCACGAGGCUUUUGGAACCACCGAAGUGUGGUUGUUGUAUUAUCAUUGAGCAUUGAAUACGGAUGAUACAAUAUUGUAGUGUAUGGUACCUCCGACUCAAAUGUGUCACCUAUCAAGCAAGUCAAAAAUGGUCAUAUUCUUCACCAUGCAGCUUGUUUCAGUAGAGCAGCCCAGCUCUACUCUCGCGUCUUGCGGAUCUAAAUGUCCUCGCAUCAUCGUAAUGAUUCUAGCGGCGGUUUCGCAGGAGGUGACUUGGCCUGUAUCGAGUUCACCUAGGCACUGUUGCUCUGUACAGCAUCCUUCACGCCUCGCCAGACCCGCAGGCUCUGACAUGUGUCUUGGAUGAUCCUGGCUGGCAGGUUGGGCUUGCAGCGCUAGUUGACGUCCAUUCCCCUCUUUCACCAAGUGUAAUUCGCCUGGUCUUGGGCAAAUAUCCGCCGAUCUCG